UGGCGCUGUUUCCCUUCCGGUUGCUACGAAACAACAGGUUGAUGACGUCAUCUGACUGUGCGAGCCGCUUCGAGAGUCGAGUAAAACAAAUUUACAAAAUAUUUUUAUUACAAUUAAGUGUCUUCGGCAUGUUUGUCGUCCCGCUGCUCGGCUUCUUGACGCUGUUUGCUGCCAGCCAGGCGGACGAAGCGCGGCAAUUAUCACCAAGGCGCGCUUCACCGCAAACAAAAGACGCCAUCUUGACUCAAGGCCCCCGCAAAGCCAGGCCACCUUACCUCAAACUUCCCGUCUACGUCACCUCCGAGCUGCCGCCGCGGGAGAAACUCCAUCUGUCCCCGGCCACAGGCACCGGCCUGGAGCCUCUGCCCGGGCCCGUGCAGGGGCGUCUUCUCCCGGCGCGGCCUGGCCGGAAUCCGCGGGGCCCGGCGGAGGACUCGGUCAGGACUUUGUGCAAACUGGACAAAAUGCUCGUCAAAGUGCCAAAGGGCAUUUUGGGCGGCGGGGAAGUAAAGUCUGAAAUUAAACUUGGAACAUGUGGAGCCAAGAAAUCGUCGAAGAACUAUGUUUACUUUGUGAGUGAACUGAGCCAGUGUGGAACCAAGCGACAGAUCCUCAAUGGACAUGUGACAUAUUGGAACACUUUGCAAUACGAGCCAGAGAUGCUCCAAGGACUCGUAAGAAGAACUGCACCCUUCACACUGCCUGUUGCCUGCAAUUACACCAGGUAUCAAUACUCUUACAAAAUUGGAUACCUUCCGAAGAUUCGCAUCCGCCAGAUCGUUAAAGUGAUGAGGAACAGUGCGAAUUUCAUUCUGACUCCACGGAAUGCUCAGUGGGAAAGGCUGUCCCCGUGGGAUCAGUACGUGCUCGGGGAGCCCAUGUACUUUGAGGCGGAAGGCCCGCCCAUGCCCGACGACAUGAGGCUGUAUCUCCGCUCGUGUUACGUCACACCCGACAAGUCGCACACGUCCGCACCUCAGUUUGCAGUCGUUACGAACUUCGGGUGCAUGGCUGAGAGUAAAUAUGGUCGCUCCAGAUUCAUCGCGUACAAGAACAACGCCGUCCGUUUCUCCGUGGAUGCUUUCUUGUUCAGAGGAAUGACGAACCAACAGCUCCACAUGCACUGCAGCAUGUCUGCAGAAAGCGCCUCCCCCACGCCAACUGCAAAGUCCUGCAACUACGACACCCACGCAGCAAGAUGGGUGGAGCUUUAUGGUUCAGAUUGGGUGUGUGCCUGCUGCAACUCCAACUGUGGCCCUGCUGCCCCUGCAGUUCGCUCAAUGACCAGCAGCAGCGGAGGAUGGAUGGUGCAGCCUGAAGGGCAGUUCUUCAAGAACAAGAAGACGACAUCGUUUCCUCACACCAAGGCAGCACCACCUGUGAAAGUGAUGGCCUCGGCGACGACAACAGAGGCCAAGCCGGAGCAUCGCACGGAUCUGAAGUGGCCGUUUGGAGGUAGAGGAGUGGAGUGGGUGGAGCUGAAUGGGGAGGUGAAGAAGGUGAAAGACACCGCUGUCGUGGAGCAGGAUUUCCUGGAAACUCAGCACAUCUUUGAAGAGCCCGAAGUCAAAUUCUCCAAAAAUUCAGAGAGGAAGAAGCCCACCACCACAACCACAGUGCUGACUUCACCACAACGACCGAGGACUGCCGCAGAGGGCCCUACCACGCCUUGGCCUGAAGUGAAGGGUAGGCUGAACCAUACCGUCACAGAGACGGAGUGGCCGAUUGGAGGUGGAGGGGUAGAGUGGGUAGAGGAGGAGGAGGAGGUGGUGAAGGGAUCUGCUGUUGUGCUGGAGGAGGUCAAACAACCUCGUAGAACUUUUGAAGACCUCUUUGAGUUUGACCAAUAAAGCCAACUGUUUAAC